AUGUUGAAAAAAGAUAGACUCCACCGAAAGCCCGCGAGAAACGGAAGAAUAAGGUAUUCUCAAUCCGCUCCUCUUUUCAGAACGAAAAACCUAGCUCUAUCAGAGAGCUCAUCUCCCGAAUCGAGGCGAAAGAAGCUCGUCUUAGAAGACUACCUAUCUGUCCACGAUCAUUCACAUACACUCAUGUUUCAGCCCUUAUCUCCACUUAGCACUGGUCUGAAUUCUUUAGCCUCAAGCCCUACUCCGGAGAGCAAGAAUCUUGAAAAGAGCUCGCGUUCACAAGUCGAUAUCGAGGAAGAAGCUGUCCUGGGACCGUACGCUCGUCUGGUACGGCCCCCAGGCGGUUCGGGUGAAGAUAGUGGACUCAACCUCAAUCUGCUCUCUCCUCCGUCGCCAGUUGAUCUGGCUGUAACUCCAGCAGGAGAUGAUCUCGCAGCACUCCCUCCCUUGCCGGAUUCACCCUUGAGUCUUCCUCAACAUCCUUGUCGACCACAGUCUCCACAGUCUUCGGCAGUAGAUCCUGCAGUGGACGAUUCUCGAGAGCCUCCGCUCAUUCUUACACCAUUGUCCUCGUCUCAAUUUGACUUCGAUAACCAAGAGUCAUCAGACCCCCUACAGUCAAAGCGAGGUCCUCUCAUUUCUUGGGCAGCAGCAGCACAAACAAUGGCGACGAAGGAAUCGGCCAGCAUUGGAACCAUUGCAAUUAAAGGUAAAGAGACGGCGGGAAUUAAGAGCUACACUCCUGGUCAGUCACCAAGCUCCUCAAAAGGAGCGAGGAUCAGCACAAAUGCUCCUGAAAAUGAAGUGAUCGGUCCAGAAAACCAGCCCUUUCACCCACAUUCGACCUGGAGUGAGAGCUCGCUUCCAAUGGUGACAGCUCCGGAUACACCUAUGUUUGAACAGCGGUCUGCUCGGAGUGGCAUCUCAUAUGAUGGUAUGUUUUCUGGCAUGAGGGUCAGAAACCUUGCCACGGGUCCGGGCGAGCGAAAUGCUUCUGAUGAUGAUCGGAUAAGCCCUACCGGCAUCUCCUCGACAAGCAGAAACCCCUUUUAUGCUCUGGCAGAGACAAAUUCGCCUAUAUCCACUUUAGACGGUCCAUCGUCAAUUUCAGCGGCUUUGAAAACUCGCAUCAUAGAUGCAUAUUCACUUAUGCGCGGUCCGAAUACUCCAAUGUCAAUCCCAGCUGCCCCGGCAGCCCCCAUCGCCGAUAAAGCUUCAGGCGCACCUGAUGCUGCGGGAUUGUGUAAUUCGGGUGGUGCACUAUUGCCCCAAGCUGUUACAGAAGCUCCCAUUGCCGACAAAGCUCCAGGCGUUUCCAACGCGCCUGAUGUUCCGUCAAUGCCCAACUCAGAGGAUCUAAUAUCGUUCUCAGAAGCGCCAGAAGCCCCAGCAGCCCAGAAAGCUCUUAAUACUGACAACACGGCAAAUAUCCCCCGAUCACAUAUUGCUCAAGAGGUGCCAGGUUCACCAGCUACAAUUCCAGGAAUUCCAAGAGACAUAACUGGUGAGCUACCGUCUCCCGGACCGCAACUCCCAAAACGCGCGGUCGCACAACUUGGGAAGAGAAGGAGAAUGGUCAAAGCUACGCAGAAACUAUACCGCAGAGUACGAGCAAUGGUGCUGGGAAGACGUGUUCUAUCCGUGAUUAUAGGCAGACAACUUGCUGGGCCAACCAGGGAUUUCUUGGUAAGGAUCUCGAAAGGUCUUCCUGUUAAUAUGACUGCUCAGGAGGCUCCACCACCGAUUCCAAUGUGACAAAGAAGGAUGAGCGAGAGUUUGAGACAGAGAUUAGCAGAGCUUGAAUGGAGAAUCAUGGUCGAAAGGGAACUUGAUGGAGUUACAUCAGAGGAAGAUUGUAGAAUACCUUAGCCCCUAAUCACUACCUAUAGAUUGAACAGAAACAACGUAUAAUGUAUUCCACUUGCCAGGCAUUCAUAUUCGAGAGGGGUACAACCUUCAUAUUUCAGUGAUCCAAUUUCAGUGAUUCAAAAAGACACCUUCGCGAAUGUCCUGGGGUAUAAACACUGCGUCCUUGAAGAAAUCCCCAAC